GUUUAUGACACGCAAUGCAUAAUUCAGCACUAGUUCUCAUCCAAGUCGACAGUUGAACAAUAUUCUGUUGAGCUCCACUGUCCUCCCUUACAACAAUGCCUCUCAACGGUUUUCUACGGCAGCGAGCUCACCCAAUCGUGGCUUCAUUCAGUUAUCACAAAGUUCUGCUCUAUGCUCUAGUGUCAACAAUUGCAGUCUCGGCAACCAUCAUAAAUGCACUUCGGUAUCACAGUAAUUUCUAUUCUGUGGCAGUCUAUCUUUCAAAGAGUAAUAGAAGUGUAUUGAUACUCGCAAAUUUCGGCCUUCUUAUUGCAUUGCUGUGUGGGCAGCUCGUGCGACAAAUAUUCUUCGGUGCUCUUCGUCCUCAGGAGGUGGAGCGGCUUUAUGACCGUCUAUGGUUUUUCGUCACAGAAUCUUUGCUGGCAUUCACAAUCUUCCGGGAUGACUUUGAUAUCCCGUUUGCUUUGAUGUUCGGCUUUUUGCUGUUUGUCAGGUCAUUUCACUGGCUUGCUUCGGACCGAAUUGAGUGGAUGGACCAACGCCCAUUUCCCGGCCCACCCACACUUUUUCAUAUUCGAAUGACCACUCUUUUUGUCAUACUUUGGUGCACAGAUCUAGUUAUGUUUGCGGUUGCGGUUGAAAGUACACUGAAAAACGGCAUAGGGGGCAUGAUGAUGUUUGCAAGCGAGUACGCCAUCUUGAUGGCGAGUGCGAUGAACACUACGGCAAAGUAUUGCGUUUGUGUCAUUGAUUUGAGACGCGCAAGGCAAAGGGGUGGCGAGAACGCCCCUCAGUGGCAGAACAAAAGCAUGUGGGUGUUCUAUAUCGAAUUGGUUACUGAUUUUCUAAAACUCACUACAUACCUUCUAUUCUUCCUCCUUAUCGUGGCGUUCUAUGGAUUGCCGCUGAACAUCAUCCGAGAUGUUUAUCUUACUGGGCGCUCAUUUGUGACGCGCCUGCGCGCGCUUGUUCGAUAUAGAGCUGCCACACGCAACAUGGAUGAGCGCUACCCUGACGCAAGCGAAGAAGAAAUGUCGGCUAUGUCUGAUCGAACGUGCAUUAUCUGCCGCGAGGAGAUGUUCGUUCAUGGCAUCUCUGGGAAUCAGGGUGGGGAUUCAGGCUCGAACCCUGCACAACAGAGUUCUGAUGGCCCCAACACCACCCCAAAAAAGCUCCCGUGCGGCCAUGUUUUCCAUUUCUAUUGUCUUCGAUCCUGGCUUGAACGUCAGCAAAGCUGCCCUACUUGCCGACGUAGCGUUCUUGAGAAUCCUGCGCAAGAACAGCAGCGUGCUGCUGGCGCUCAGGUUGGAGUAAUCCCUGGUCUACCAAUGAAUUUCGGCAAUCUGGUAGCCCAGGGAAAUCAACCACAAGCACCUCACAAUGUUAAUAAUCAACAACCCCCGCCAAAUGCAGUUGCUCAGGGGUGGUUGCCCGGGCAGGCACCGGGCGUUGUUAUUCAAUAUAACAUCCAGUACCAGGGUCCGCCACCUUCACGGGAUGCAUCUCAAGCUACGGCUACGGCUACCCCUCAGCCUGUGCCUCGCUUUCCUGGAUUCACAGGCCUUGAUGGACAAUGGCGUCAGUGGGGUAUGGAUCCCCGAUGGUUUGGUGAUGAGCCUUCGGGCGCCUUAAAUCAAGCCUCGGCCAUCACAGGUGAUCCACGGCUGAAUCCCCGAGAUGCCGCCGCCGCCGCAUCGCAAGGAAUUGGACACGAGAAUAUCCGAAGACCUCAUGAUGAGGCACCUGCAUUAUCCAAUGACACACCCGCUAUCAAGCCUGACUCUGGAGAGGCGCCGAACGUAUCAACUUCUGAUGCCAGUGGUUCUUCUGCCAUGCCAAAUUCAGAAUUGGCAGUCCCUUCUUUCAUCCCAUUACACGUCCAUGAAAUUCCCUCCCGAAUAGGGACAUUACAAGGCGUUGACCCAUCCCACACUCACUUGUGGCAGCCAUUCUCACCAUCCUUGAGUGGUAAUAUUGUACCUCCGCCAAAUCCUAGCGCUUCCGUGGCCGUGGGUGCCAUUCAGACGCCACUACAUGGGCUGCCACCCAAUCUAACAGACGAGCAGCUAAUGCUCAUGGAUCAGGUUACUCGAGAAGCUAUUGAUGAAAGACUGAGGAUACUCGAAGGAGUUUCGGUCGCAGUCAAUCGUUGUGUGGAGGAUCUCACGCGAGUACGAAGCGCCUUACCAGUUUCCAGCAACACGCCCUCAACUGUUAGCCAGUCGCAUACCUCACCACCCUCUGCUACUGAAGAGUCUGCCACGUAGCACGCUUGCACCGUUGUUAUACCGUCGA